AUGGAAACUCUUAGAUACCUUCGGAUAACCAUUUUAAUGGCAACCGUUUGCAUUGCGCGGGAGCCUGAAUGUUCCAGGUUUCAUUAUGAGGAAAAGCUGCUAGAGAAAGUUAUCAGAUCGGAAAUAAGUAUGGAAGCUUAUGAAGAGUCAUUGAAAAAGACAACUGUAUCUGUGGAAGAAACGGUUCAGUCGAUUUCAGAAGUAACAAACGCAGUGGAAAAGCUACAGAAAGAAAUCCGAUCAUUCAAGUCCGUUGACGUAAAGAGCAGCGGUUUAUAUACAAGAUGGGGUCGGCGGUCGUGCCCUGGAACCACGGAGAUGGUGUAUGGAGGGUUUGCUGGCGGGGGAGAUCACAGUCACCAAGGGGCGAGCAGUAAUUACAUUUGUCUACCGCUGGACCCAAUCUUUGAUGACCGUGGACGUAAAGCGAGGUCCGUUAGCAAGGUUUAUGGUGCUGAGUAUGAAACAUAUUCUGCCACGUUUCACACGGGUUUGCAUAACGAGGAUGUUCCAUGUGCCGUCUUCCGCGUUGUUGGAAGAAGUGUUGUCAUGAUCCCAGCGAGGAAUGCCUGUUAUAGCGGAUGGCAUAAAGAGUACGCUGGUUAUUUGAUGUCGUCUCAUUUCAGCCAUCAUGGGAACAAGGAGCUCGUUUGCAUGGACAGAAACCCUGAAAAAACUGAAGGAAGUGCUGAUAGUGACCAAAAUGGUGCUUUGUUUUACUUUGCACAAGCUGUUUGUGGCUCGUUAAAAUGUCCUCCAUACAGCGAGGACCAGGCUUUAACCUGUGUGGUGUGUUCUAAAUAG